AUGUCCGACUCACGUCUUUUCAAGCCACUCAAGGUUGGCUCGAUUGAGCUCAAGAACCGCGUUGCCAUGGCACCCUUGACACGAUUCCGUGCAAGCGACAGUCACACUAUCCUUCCCUUCGCAGCCGAGUACUAUGGCCAGCGUGCUUCCGUCCCCGGUACCCUUUUGAUCUCUGAGGCUACUCUCAUCACCGGUCAGCAUGGAGGAUACCCUAACGUGCCUGCAAUCGAGACCCAAGAGCAAAUUGAUGCCUGGAAGAAGGUCACCGAGGCCGUUCACAAGAAGGGAAGCUUCAUCUACCUCCAGCUCUGGGCUCUGGGACGUGUAGCCAAUAAGGAGUACGCUCAGAGCCAAGGGAUCACUGUCAAGUCCUCAAGUGCCACCCAGCUUUCCGACGACCUUGCUGUUCCUAAAGAGAUGACUGUUGAGGAGAUCAAAGAGACCGUUGGUGCAUACGCUCAGGCUGCCAAGAACGCAAUCGAGGCUGGAUUUGACGGAGUUGAGAUCCACGCUGCCAAUGGUUACCUGAUCGACCAGUUCCUCAAGGAUACCUGCAACAAGCGUACCGACAACUAUGGUGGCUCUGUUGAGAACCGCAGCCGCUUUGCUCUGGAAGUUACCCAGGCUGUUGUUGACGCUGUUGGUGCCGACAAGACCGGUAUCCGUCUUUCCCCCUUCAGCGAGUUCCAAGGCAUGAAGAUGGCCGACCCCAUCCCACAGUUCUCGGACAUCAUCAAGAAGCUCAACACCUUGAACCUCGCAUACCUGCACAUGGUCGAGUCCCGUAUCUCCGGCAACGUCGACGUCGAGGGGUACGACUCUCUGAAACCUCUUUACACUCUGUAUACCUCCAGCCCUCUUCUCGUCGCUGGCGGCUUCAAGGCAGACUCUGCCCGCAAGCUUAUCGACGAGGAACUCAAGGACCGCGACGUUGUUGUCGUCUUUGGACGUUAUUUUAUCUCCACACCUGACCUUGUCUUCAGGCUGGAGAAGGGCAUAGACUUCAACCCUUACGACCGCGACUCUUUCUACAUCCCCAAGAGCGAGAAGGGCUACACCGACUAUCCCUUCAGCGAGGAGUUCAAGCAGACUGUGAACUUGUAGAGAAAUAGUAAUGAUCUUGCAUCAGCACGGCGUUCAGGAUUGGGAAAAGGGCAUUGCAUGAGUGAUGAUAUCAUCAGUUCAGACUAGACAUUAGACGUCCAGUAAGUGAACUUGUCGAACAAUCACAAAUAAUUUGC